AUGACAUACUACCAGGAGCAUGUUCCCAAGAACCCUGUCGUCAAUUUCAAUGGCCAGGACUUUUACUCCUUGCGAGAUCAGUGCUUGAGGAGAGGCCAUCUGUUUGAGGAUGACACAUUCCCCAUCUCACCAUCAUCAAUAGGACUGCAGCUGUUCCAGAAAGGAAGCUUCUCCAGCUUGCAGUGGAAGCGACCCCAGGAUUUAUCAAAUGGCUCCCCUCACUUCAUCCUGGAAGGCGCCAGCAGAUUUGACAUCCAACAAGGAUUGGCAGGAGACUGCUGGUUUCUGGCCGCUCUGGGUGCCUUGACGCAGAACCCGCAGUAUCUGCAGAAGAUCCUGCUGGACCAAAGCUUUUCACACCAAUAUGUAGGGAUUUUCCGUUUCCGGUUCUGGCAGUGUGGCCAGUGGGUGGAAGUUGUGGUUGAUGAUCGUCUGCCUAUUGUGGACAGGAAGUACCUCUUUGUGCAUCCACGCCGAGACAACCAAGAGUUUUGGCCCUGCCUUCUGGAGAAAGCCUAUGCCAAGUUCCGUGGAUCCUAUCUCCACCUGCACUUCGGCUACCUCGCUGAUGCCCUGGUGGACCUCACAGGAGGAGUGGUGACCAGCUUCGACCUGCACUCCUUCUCUACUGACCUGGUGAUGAUGGUGAAGACAGCGGCCAAGGCGGGAUCCCUGAUCACCUGCGCCACCCCGGUGGGGCCCACAGGUCAGGACACGGAACUGGAGAACGGCCUAGUGAGUCAGCACGCCUACACAGUCACUGGAGCAGAGCAGAUUCGCUCCCGGAGGGGCUGGGAAGAUCUGAUCCGCCUGUGGAACCCCUGGGGCAAAACUGAGUGGAGAGGCCGCUGGAAAGAUGGGUCUCUGGAGUGGAAGGAAAUGCAAGACCAUCGGAAAAACCUGCUACAUGACAAUAAGGAAGAUGGCGAGUUUUGGAUGUCAUGUCAAGAUUUCCAAGAGAAUUUCUCUUGCCUGUUUAUAUGCAAUCAAGUUCCGAUCAGCCUGGCCCAUGGACAUAUGGCCUGUGAAAGAUGGUCUCAAAUGGCAUUUAAGGACCGCGUGAUUCCAGGAACUUCUGCAGGACUGCAGAAGAACGUGCAAUACAUCUUCUCUGUGCCAGACAAUGCGCAAAGCAACAACGUCGUUGUGUCCUUCACUAUCAUGCCACGGGACUUCAAAACAGAAGAGGAGAAAUUUCCGCUUAGCUUUGAAGUGUUCAAGGUGGACUCUCAGUUUCAGCACUUUCAGGAGAAAUUGCCAUCUACAUUUUUUUCCCAAUUCAGAAGUGGUGUAAAGGCUAUAGUGUCUAAAACCAAGUGCAACCUCACCAAACACUUCACUCUGCCCUCUGGGACCUACGUAGUGGCCGCCUCUGCCCGCAAAGAAGCAAUUGAGUUCUUGGCCCGCAUCUUCCUGAAAAUGCCAGACUGUGACAGGCAAGUAUUCCAGAAGAUGACUGGGAGGAGGACAUUUUCUACAGAUAUGCUCAGCAGAUUCUGCUUCUUCUCUUGCUCCCACCAGGGAGUGGACAUUGAUGCCAUGCGCCUUCAGCGUCUCCUCAACCAGGAACUCCUGAGAGGACGCCCAGAGGACACUUUCUCUUUGGACCAGUGCCGGAGCAUGGUGGCGCUGAUGGAUCUGAAAGUGGAUGGGCGGCUGGACGAAGAGGAGUUUUCAAGACUAUGGAGCCGUCUGCUUCACUGUCGGAGUGUUUUCCAGAACAUCCAGAAGUACUCCGGAAUUUUCCUGACCUCGGAUUUGUGCCAGGCCAUACAGAAAGCAGACUUCCUUGCAGGUGUCUCCAUCACCAACGAUCUUCUGGACCUCAUGACCCUCCGCUACAGUGACAACAAGGGCAAGGUCACUUUCCCCAACCUGGCCUGCCUCCUGGUGCGGCUGGAAGCCAUGUCGAGGGCUUUCCGGAACCUCUCCAAGGAUGGAAGAGGCAUCUACCUGACAGAAAUGCAGUGGAUGAAGCUGGUCAUGUACACCUGAAGCAGGGGCUGGAGCAGAUCCCAAAGUCCAGGUCCUCUUGCUCCGUGCCUGCCCCCCAAGUUUGCUUGGACUGCCCGAGACGUCAAAGCCGCCACUGAGGAGUCUCGGCUGAGUCCGCUGGAAGAGACAUGGAACAUUUGCAGGACUCUGAUUAUCUCCAGUGUCUGGAUCCUGAUUGUCCUCUAAUCAAAUGACAAAAUAAAACAUACGCCCUGUGGCCUU